AGCUCCGCUUUUUACUGCGCUCAGGCCACAGCGCCACUACUGGUGAGGAGGUGGUAUCGCACUAGUGUAUAGGGCAAGUCUGUCGCUAGCUAUGUAAAGCUAACACAGACGCCGGGGCUGGCAAAAAUAAAUAAAAAACACAAACAUACUAAACGUCCAAAUUUAAGAAGAAGAGAGGAGCACGGAAAUUGCAUGGAUGUUUGUUUACACUAUAAAAGUGACCAAGAUAAAUCGGAUGAUUUGGUGUCUGUAUCCGCAAAGGCCUUAGAGGACUUUCCUCUUCGUGUUUUACCAAUAUUUACACCAUGGUUUCCUUCUGGCAUUGAGAGAUCUUGUCCAAUCAAACCUAAAAAGGCUCCUCCAGUCAUUUCAUUCAAUCAGCAGAAAAGUUCUGAAUGUUUCCCUCAACAACCAGAGUUUGUUUUUUCAAGUCGUUGUACAGAUGAUCAAGAGAAAUUUGUAAAUACCAGUAAGAGGAAUUUAAUAUCAAUUCAAACACCUGCUGAUGAAAAUGAAAAGGCAGAAUUUGAUAAUGUUGCGAAGAAAUGCAAACGCUCAUGGAGUGUCGUACCACCAAGAACUCAAACACCUCAGAGGACACAGUAUAUCUCUGGACAUUUCCACAAAACUGUACAAAGAUAUGGACUGGACUUGCACCAGAGAGCAAAAUGGAUCAUUUCUGAGCUUAACUGUGCACCACAGAGCAUUGAGGAGGUUUGGUCUAAACUCAGCCAUGCUAUUAAGCAUGCCAAGCUCCCAACAUGCAAUGCCAAUUAUCAGAGCAAUUUGAUCCAAAUCUGGGUGUACUGUGACAUAUCUUACUGUGAAUAUAUAGGGAAUUUCUUGCGGGAAACUUUCCAGCUCUCUGGGGAGCUCACUUUAGCUGUCCAUAAAUUAGGAGACAUCUUUAAAUUAUAAGUAGUACAGUGUCAAGAGUCAAUAUUAAUAUACGAUGUGAUAACCUGUAAUAGUUUGGUGGGUUGUAUGAUCAUCACAUCUCUUGUUAAACCAUUUUUUAAAUUUCUGAUUCCAGAUUUCUGUAUUUCCAGUCUGUCCAUGAAAUGUAAAGCAUUUUUAUUAAAAAAAAAAAGUUUUAUGUA